AUGCGUGUUUUAUUUUGUUCGCUUCAUUGGAAAUUCAAGUAAACUGGUAUAAAUGCAAGUUGCAUAACUAUGGAGAGCAGAGUUUACUUCUACGAUGUCUACGUUUCGGCGGAUAAAUGUUGUCUGCCCGCGCCACUGCAUGUAUUUCAAGGCUUCAUUCAGAAUUCCGUUUGCAGUCCAAAUGCGAUUAUUCCAAAAACAGAAACUGAUAAAAAAUCCUGGCAGACAUUAAUAUCCAGCUUACGUGUUUUGCCCGUGAUUUGGCCAACAUUGUUGGGUUUCGCCUUGUCGCAACUGCUGUGCGGCCAUUUACCACUGCGCUCCACACGAAGAUUUCUGCUGGAAUUCCUGCUAAUUGCCACGCCCACCGUUUGCAGCACUACAGUGGUCACUGACUAUAAUGAACUGUACUGUCUGCUAGUUGGUGCGCUAAUUGCCAUAUUGAUAUGGCGUUGGGACAUAUGGAAGAAAGCAAAGGAUCCCAUCUGCCUGGAGAUUGGAAGCAGACCCGUGGUUUUUACACUGAUGCGUGCAAAUGCAUAUUUCUGCACUGCUUCCGCUAUUUUGGCCAUCGAUUUCAAUGCAUUUCCCUCGGCAUAUUUCAAGAGUCAGGCGUUUGGUGCCUCCGUCAUGGAUUUGGGUAUUGGCAUGUUCGUGGUCACCAUGGGCAUUGUCUCGCAACGUGCCCGGCAUUUGGGUGAUGUGAAAAGACUGCCCAAAGUGGUUGCUCCGCUAUUGGUGCUAGGCUUGGCGCGCACAGUGAUUAUCACGUUGAUCGACUACCAUCAGGAUGAACGCGAAUAUGGCAAACAUUUGAAUGCCUUCUUUACUUUGGGACUCACCAAGCUCUUUGGCAGUCUUUGCAGCCUCUUGGCGCGUGAGGAUCGUCAACUGUUGCCACUGUCAUUGGUAAUUCUGGCGCUGCACGAGCUGCUGUUGCAACUGGGUCUCUCUGAGUUUGUUAUGUCGUCGGAUGUGGAUCGCAUUGGCUUGUGGCAUGCGAAUCGUGAAGGUCUCAGCUCGCUGCCCGGCUGUGUGGCGCUCUAUCUGCUCAGCAUUUACUGUGCCAAAUGGUAUACAUCCAGGACGAAGCUGAGCCGUGCCCAGUUCUGGGUCAAGUUGCGCCACAUGCUGCUCUCUGCCAGCAUGGGUUGGCUGCUGGUUAUAUGCUGCAACUGUCUCUUUGGCAUCGCACGUGUCACCUUCAAUGCUGGCUAUGUGCUUUGGCUGUUUAGCGUAACAACGACGACGAUGAUGCUGUACGCAUUUCUCUUUGAAUUUCUUCUACUUGCGCCGAGAGCAGAAGACAGAGGACCAAAUCCUUUGCCUGCCUUUGUGGAGGCAAUUAAUAUGAAUGGAUUAACGCAUUUUAUGCUCAGCAAUUUUCUCACGGGUUUUGUGAAUAUGGCACUGAAACCGCGGGAUCGCAGUUUAGCGGAAUCCGUGGCUAUUUUGAUGCUCUAUUUGCUGACCAGCACCGGAGCAGUCUAUGUGCUUUUUCGAAAGAGUGUGAGGAUUGCCUAACUGACUGAUCUAGCUGUGAUAAUUGUAUUUUUUAUAUAUAUAUUAUAUAUAUUUUUAAUUAGAAAGUAUUUCUGUUCUUAUAAAUGUAAUAGAUUUGCUUAGAAUAUUAUUUAGAUAUUUUAUACGA